AUGGUCAUUUGUAAAAGGUGUAAGCUGCUGGAUGCAACUCUAGUCUCGAGAAAAGAACCAUUUUGUGAUGAAUGUUUCGUGAAAUUUAUUUCUUUGAAACAGAGGAAGCAGAUGAUGUCUGAUGACUACUUCCAAGAUAUAUUCAAAAUCUCAUAUCCAGAUAAGAAACGUGGUCAGGCAGAAGCUGAUAAGCAAAAUCAAGAUUCCAAUGUUCUCGUGCCGCUUUCUUUGGGAUCCUCUUCUUUGGCAGUUUUAGAUAUCUUGAACGAUACUUUGUUGGAGCAGAAACAAACACACCGGGGAAAAACUGGAUUUCACGUAGAAGUAAUCACGAUUUGUGGACAGGCAGAGUUUGAAGAAGUGCGCGGUAAGAUUGAACUUCUGAAAUCAAAAUAUAAAGAAAACUCCGAUAAGAUUCUGUUCCAUAUUGUUGACAGAAAUCAAUUCUUUGCCGUGCCGUUUGAUCUGCAAGAAAUUACACUGUACAUUGAUAACUUCAACACUCUGGUAAGAUCAUCAAAUAAUCCAAGUACUACUGUAGAGAAAGUGCUUGCCAGCGCGCCUAACAAAACAGCGAAAGAAGAUCUUUUGAACAUUAUUUAUACCCAUUUGAUUAAGAAAUUUGCCUUACAAAGAAAUUUCAAAGCCAUCUUAUGGGGUCACUCGAUGACAAAGUUAGCUGAUGAAGUCAUUAGUCUGACUGUUAAAGGACGUGGUGCAGAAAUCGCAGGUUAUCUUGAUGAUUCUUCCCUCGAUAGUAAAUAUAAUACCGCCUUCAGAAACUUUCAUCCAGGCCGGGACGUUUUACUGUCAGAAAUUGAUGCUUACUGUCAUAUAAAAGGGCUUUCGCAAUUCUCUCAUAAUUAUGUUGUCCAGGACACUUUGUUUUAUGACAAAUUUGUGGACAAGCCUACCAAAAAUGUCAAACUUAUCAAAAAUAUGACGAUGAAUGAACUCGCGAGACAGUAUUUUGAUAACAUUGAAGGUGAUUACUCAAACGUGAUAUCUACAGUUGUUAGAACAGGUGCAAAAUUAUCUAACCCUGAUAAUGAACUAAAUCAAAUCAUGCACUGUAGUAUUUGCAAUGCCAUUAUUUAUAAGAAUCCAGUAAAUUGGCUUGACGGUAUCACAGUUAGCAAGCCAUUUGUGAUUCAUAAUGAGGAAGAACUGACCAACUACAAUGCCUGGGAGGCAGCUAAUCCAGACAAAGCCGAAAAACUAAACAAAAUGAGUGAUACUCCUGCCAAGAAUGUAGGCGUGUGUUACGGUUGUAUUACCACUCUAACUGGCAUGAAAGAUAGAAAGUUAGAGUGGAUACGAAGAGAUGAUAAAGCAGAACUAACAGCGGUUCUUCAAGAGUAUGAAAUCCCAUCAGAUGAUUCUGAACAAUAA